AUGAGUUUUCAGCGUGGCCGGAAAGACGGCAAUUCGUUCGCCAAAAACUUACCAUUCGGUCUCAGCUAUAGCGACGUUGGAGCUAACGAAAACCGAGAGCUCCCCACCAUUCCAAUGCCCGUAAACGGUAUGGUGCUGCCUCGGGAGCGUGAUACGGCUAUCCAGUACAUGAAUCUCGUCACGGCGGUGCGGGAAGGUCCGUUUUACACGGGUUCCAUGCAACUAUCUGUGGACGGGCAGGGCAAAGACCUGAAAUUGGUGGAUGAAGACGGCAUAAAUGACGGUGUGGAGCGGUACUCGGAUCGAUACUUGAAGAAGCGCAAGAUCGGUGUUUCCAUCGAUGAGCACCCGUUCCAUCUAGAGUUUUUCCCAGAUGAGCUCUACCAAGUGAUGGGCAUCAACAAGAAAAAACUGCUUGCGAUCUCGCAGCUCAAUAAACGCACAGAGGUUUUCACUGGCUCAGCAGCUCAGAACGAAGACGCCGAGGGAUUGUCAAUGUUGGAGAAACUCAAAAAUCUAGCAGACGAAGAGGACGAGAGCGCCAGCGUGGAGAACAAGGAAGAGCUCGAAGACGUGGAUGACGAAUUCGACAGUGACGAAGACGAGGACUACAACGCCGAAAAGUAUUUCGAUGACGGAGACGACGACGCUGGCGAAGAGGACGGCUACGGUGACGAGCCAGCGUUUUAG